GAUAUUUCACGUUCGCUCAGACAUGACCUGUUCAUUCCACAUUUGCCUUCAUUGACCUUCACGUACGGCGAAAAGUCACACUGCGAUUGGCUGGUCAUACUUCGACUCGGAGUGCUUUGUCACGCGCAAGGGUCGUCUUACCCAACCUCGGCUUGUUGCUCCUCCCCGCAACGUCAGCUACACUACGUUAAACUAUGGAUAGUACGCACCGCUCAAUCGUCUUCGUUGCCUCUGCUGAUUAUGCAACGACGAAGCGCUGGCUAUCUCAUUAUCCCACCUAGACAGCCUCCCUCCGUCUACUCUCCGUCAAUUGCAGCUGCACUCUUCACACGCCAGUCGUCUUCCCGCAACCAGUCAUCACUGUCGUUCAGGCCGUCGAUAGCUAUAAGAAACCCCAGCGGAAUCCGAUCAUUUACACGCGUAAGCAGCAUGGCAACCGCAGCAGACCACAAGCCUCUUAAGAAGCAGCCAAAAGUGCCGGCAGACCCGCGGCCAAGUUCAAGUGUUCUUCUUAUAUCUCCAACGAACCAAAUCCUUCUCCUCCAACGCGUCCGGACUUCAUCCUCAUUUGCAUCUGCGCAUGUUUUCCCUGGCGGUGCCCUUUCUCCCGAGCAUGAUGGCGCGGUUCCCGCGAUAGAUGACCCCGGACGGCAUCAAGACGGCCCUGCGUAUCGAAUGGCAGCCAUCAGAGAGACUUUCGAGGAAUGUGGCAUUCUAUUAGCUCGGAACAAGCAAUCUGGAAAGCUGUUUAGCUCUAGCGAUAUCCUAGAUGAAGAGCGUGAGCAAGGCAGGCGUGAUGUACACAGCGGGAAGAUCAUGUUUCCGGAUUUGUUAGCUCAAUGGGGUGUAGAGGCGGAUACACAGGGCCUGCGACCCUUUACUCGAUGGAUCACACCUCCCAACGUGCCCAAGCGGUUCUCUACUCAGAUGUAUCUCUAUUUUCUGCCCAUCGGCUCCAUAUCACCCACCAAAAAGAGGUCGCCCUCUUCAAAAGCUCCCCCGUCCACGACCUUGGACGAUGAGGAACCGGAUAUAAUCAUCCCGCAUCCUACCCACGAUGGGGGGAUCGAACACACAGCCGCGCGCUUUCUCCCGCCUAAUAAAUGGAUAUCGCUCGCACGCCGUAACCGCAUCAUCCUCUUCCCUCCUCAAUUUAUGUUAACGGCCCUCCUCGCUCCUUACCUCUCUGCUACAGUCACAUCCUCCAAAUCAUCCACUCCGUCUGCUCAGGCCCUGCAGGAUGAACGCGACAAGGCAAUUGCUUUCCUAGACCGACCCCGCAUGUACAAUGGUACACCCGAAGUCAACUUCACCGAGGCAUGUAUCAGCCCUAUCGCAAUGGGCAGGGGCUUGUAUGGCGAGAAGGAUCAAGAUGGUGUCAGCGAGUCCGGUGUAUCCAAGGACACAGCCGUUCUAGCGCUGGAUCGCCCAGGACGCGAGGUAGAGGCUCAGGGACUGGGUCGGAGAGGGAUUCUGGAGUGGGUGGUCACUACCAAGUUCAAGAAGGAGGGGCCGCGGGAUGUUGAGUUGCGGCGGAGAGACGAAAUAUUGUCGAGGAAUAAGACGGCAGCGGCUACGAAGCUGUGAGCUUCCAAUGUUUCUAUAGUUUUUGUUUGUGUAUAGACUCAUGUACAAGACAAUCUAUCAUGCUUCUUUCGAAAUUUAUGGGCGCGUUAGACCACUCCGAAUAUCUCUUGAUCUGUGCGUGUAUACGCUUGGAGAUUGCAGACCUCAACUACAUUGCCGCUGAGAAUAAAUCCCCAAUCCUUCUAAUACCAAUCAACCCACCCUACAGUAGUACCAGGCCACGGCACACACACACACGCACGCACGCACGCACGCAUAGCCCGAAUUCUUAACCCUUCAUAACCCCUUCUAAUGACCAAGCCAGAAGUCCUGCACGCCUAUCUGCCUUCUAAGUUGGCACACAGUCUAUGAUAUUAUCUUUCAACUAAUUACACGUGAGAUAUGUGUAUUGGUUGAUUAAAUUCACUGAAAAUCACUCCCAUCUUCCUGCGUCUAUGGUUUCUCUCAACCUAAUCUCAUUCGCUCGAUUAGUCUUUUUAGGGGUAUGUAUUCGAUCAGCGAUACCCUCUACUGAUGUACACACUCGCUCAUACGUACCCAUUCUCCGCACACUACAGUUCGAGGGGCCAAUCGAAACAACAUCAGUGAGCUUGAAAGUUUCUUUCCUUUUCAAUAACAAAGGUAUAUCUAGAUGCGCGGAGGGUAGAAAAGUAGGAAAAUAGUGUAAAAUUAAUAAACAAAAAAUCAUGCCCGACCGACUCCCUGCUAUGUGCAUAUACACUCUCCAAAAAACUUCAAACUCCCAUGCACUAUGCCGCAAAACUCCCAUCCUAAAUGAACCCAACUCCCACCCCCCAAGAUAGAAAAAGAAGAAGCAGAGGGAUCAAACAAAGCAUCCAAAUCCUCUCUCGCAACAACCCCAACCCCCUUCCUAAUCACCACAUCACCCUCUCUAUUACCCCUAUUCCCAUUUCGUCUCUCGAUCCACAUAACAUUAUAAAACCCCCUCCCCGCAUUCGCAGCGUCCGCAAAUCCAAGAUAGUGACUCGCCGAAAAUCAGCAAGCGGCGCGCAAAGAGUGAUUCUUGGAACGUCCACGCCCUUCUAGCCCAAAUUGAGUCCCAAAAAGAUGGAUCCCUCCAGUGUUUCAUGAUAUCUGCGUUUUCGGGAGAUGGUGCACGGGUAGUGGAUGCGAAGACACUUUGAGACGUGAUUUGCAUCGCUCCCAGAAGCAGCAACGAUGGUGAAUUCCGCACUUGUGUAGAUCCGCGCCAUGGCUUGCAGCAUCAUCUCCAUAUGUACCGGACUCGAGUCCUGCCUGACACACAAACAGUCUACCCUACCCAGAGAUAUCGCUCAUCAAGCUUUCUGACGAGUGAAAUGGCAUCGCGGAUAGUCUGUGGUAGCAUGGCGACAAUAUGCGGCUCGCUCAGCGCGUUAGGUAAAGAGAGUGUAGGAAAUGAGUCGGAUGUGUUCUUCAGAGUGGGCACCAACUCUCACAC